AUGAUGUUGACCGAACUUCCUCCGGAGUUGCUCGAUGCUGUGAUUGAACAACGAAUAUCACAGGGAUGUUCGCAAUACACCAAAGAAUUCGGCUUCGAACUUCUCGUUAACCUGGAUCCUCCAGCUUACUUCAGAAAACCAGGCUGUCCUCACCAUUUCCAUGGGUUUGACCGCAAUUCAGAUCCUUUCUUGAAGUUCAAUCAGACAUUAGAUCUUAUGAGGUUUCCAGACAAUCAGUUACAGAGCUUUCGAUGGGACUUAGCAACAUGCCUCCCCAGCAUUAUACUUUGCAACAAAGACUCGUUUCUCGGAAAUCAAGGAAACCUCCGAUCUAUUAGCUUGAUCACAGAUGGCGGAUGUGUCGAAGAUACACCGAGCCUCGUUGACCGUGACCUUGUCCAGCUCAAGAAGUUGCAGUCCCUGAGAUGGGUAGGACUAAAUCAAUAUCUCGAUUUCGAGUCCGUCAGUGCUUUUAUCAAAGCCUAUGGCCAUCAACUUAAGUCCCUCACGCUUGACCUUUUAGAUGGAUUCGGUGAAGAGAUGUGGACUCGUGGAUUUCUACCCCAUGGACAGACCUCCGAGCGCGAAAAAAUUCCCAUUAAUUUUUUCGCGGAAAGGGUGAUCAAUGUCAACCCUGGAGACCGCAGGCUAGUUUUUGAUUCUCUUGAGAAUCUUGAUCUGACAGCUGUGUGGUGUUUUUAUGGCAUGGGAUAUGAACUGAUUCAUGCCUUCAAUAUCGAAAACUUGAAGAGUCUCAGGUUGCGGCGCUGUCCGGGAUCUUUGAGGUGGCUACGAAAGAUCCUCAAGUCAGGGAAAUCGAUGAGCCUAAAAUCCUUUGAAUUUUCCAGUCAUACCCAGUCUGAAGAGCUUCUUCAUGAACUUAAAUAUCUUGGUGGAGAUAAACUUAACAAGAUUACAGAGGUCAUCAGCGGUAUCAUUCACCACAAUGUUGACUUGGAGAGUAUUCACUUGAUGCUUCCUUCAGGUAUUGAUUGGGCCACUCUUGCAGAUACACUACUAGUAUCAGGUCAUCAUCGUCUCGUUGAUAUCGUUAUGCACCCCCUUCAUAUCGCAUCAAAUCCUAUGUCGCGGCUUAUGGUUGGAUCAGGGCAUAUCGUGGAUGAUAUCUUAUCAUGGGAAGGAUCCAGCCUGAAAUCCUUAGUGCAAGGAAGCCGAUUGACCUGCUUCGGAUCUACCGCCAUCCCUCGAGACUUAACCCAUCACUUCCAAAAGAUGGAGCCAAGGCCAUCCUUUAAAGUACUGCAUCUGAGGGUCAGCGAAGUGCUUCUUAGUUAUGGACCAUCAAGCUUUGACUGGCACUCUAGGUACAAGAACAUACAAGAUCAUGCUGGGUACUUUUCCAUGAAAUUCAUUAAGUCUAUGAGUGACCUUUUGGGUGAGGAAAAUGAUUUCGAUGAAGAUUUCCAAGUUGAUUUUCGAGAUGACCCCAAUGAGAUUUUCAGCUUCGCAAAAUGGGCCUUUGGCGUUGAUGGCCUGCCAAACCUUCAGGUGAUUGCCGGAGGGGAUUUCGCAUACCAGGGCCGCUACUCGACGGUCAACAUUAUGCUUUGCAGAGCAGAUAAUGCCUAUGGGUAUGAAGUUCUGACUCCAACCAGUGAAGUCUUUCAGGGAUAUCUUCAGGAGAACAUGGAAAUGCUGGGAGCUUGUCCGUGGAGAGAUAUUAUGUAG